AUGUUGCGACCGGAGUCGCCCCUCGCUGACCACCGCAGCCUGCUUCCGCGGCGGUUGCUUCCUGUCAAAGCACAAAUAGCUCCAGCUGACAAACGCAAAAAUCGUCGCUCCCUUGAACUCAAUCCACCUACUGACCACACACCGUACGACUACCCCAAACUCCUGAUAUCUAAAACAACAGACUCGCUAAACACAGAAUGCCCUCGCAAACUCAUCAACAAGCAAGACUCAAAUGAUAGCCUCAAAAGGUCACUUUUAUCGAAAGACGAGAAGAAGCCAAAGGAUGACAAAAAGGGCCAGAUAUCGAAACAGGACUCCAGCGAGAGUUUGAAGAAAGCUCUGUUAUGUAGGCAGGAGUCCAACGAAAGUGCGAAGAGACGAGACUCGGAGCCGAAAAAACCAUCUAAUCAGGAUGUGAAAAGGGUAGCAGAGGUGAAGAGAGGUAGUGAUAAGAAGAGUUUGUUGGAGACUGAUAUUGAUGAACCUAGUGUUAAGAGGAUAUAUGAGAGGCGGACGGGAUGUGCGAGGCCGACAUUGCCUCCUGUAGCGGAGAAGGGGUUGGCAUCACCCAGUUCCCCGAACGGAAGUCCUGGGGCGCCCAGUGUGGCUGCUGUAGCCGAAGGUCUUGUACGAUGGGGCAGCGGUCUCUUGUCUCCAAGAGAAGAGCCUCGGUUGAAAGCUGCACGGAGCUGGUAUGGGUAUGGAACCCUCCCGUCGGAUACAGAUAAGGUAAGAUUUGUUGUGUUCUUAAAAGAUAACUCAACCUUGCCCGCAAUACAAAUAUUGUCGUUUUCCUCUAUCAAAUGA